AUGGAGGACACGACGCCCCUUGCUUCCCUCUCCGUCACCCACGUCUACUAUGACCCCCAUGACAAACUCUCCCUCGUAUGCGCGUACCUCGCCCUCCUCCCCCAAGCCCUCUGCGUCGUCUACGCCACCCUAGUCCUCUUCACCCGCGAAGUAGAGGUCGCCCUCAUGUUUGCGGGCCAGCUCGCCUGCGAGGCCAUCAACUUUGCCCUCAAGCGGCUUAUCAAGGAGGAGAGGCCGCGGCGCAUACAUGGCAAGGGGUACGGCAUGCCCAGCUCGCACGCGCAGUUUGUCGCCUUUUGGAGUGUCUCGCUCGCCCUGUUUCUGCUUGUGCGCCAUCGACCGAGACCAGCAAAGGAUCACCGUCCUUGGAGUGUUCCUGAGAGAUUGGCUGUGAGCGUUGCAGGAGCUGUGAUUGCUGCUGCUACUGCGUGGAGUAGGGUUUAUCUCAACUAUCAUACUACGUGGCAGGUUCUCGUGGGGUACGCUGCUGGUGUGAUAAGUGCGGUUGGGUGGUUCGUCAUUGUUGCUGUGGUGCGACAGAUGGGCUUGUUGAGCUGGGCUCUAGACACGAAGCUAGCUAGGGCUUUCAGAGUAAGAGAUCUGGUAGUGGAAGAGGACAUGUGUCAGGCUGGCUGGGAGAAGUGGGAGGAGAGGAGAAUAGCUACUUCAUCCGACAAGAAGACGAGGUAG